AUGCCGGAAGGCCCGACGGUUCGUAAAUUCAGUUCCUUGGUCUGUGCGUUUGUCGGCCGGUCCGUGCUGAAGGUUGGAGGAAGCACAAAGCAGAUAAACCCUAAAGAUUUGAUGGGACAGCAUUUCAUAACAUGCCAGGUUCACGGGAAGAAUUUAUACCUGUUAUUUGGAUUUGAAAAGCCAAAGGCAGAAAAUAAACUCUUAGAAGAGGAGGGUGGGACACAAAGUUAUCCUUCAGGAAACCAUGAGGAAACCCAAGAGGAAACCCAAGAGACCUCAUCAGCACCGUCGAAGUCUCCACGGGAUCCAGAAGUCGCAGAAGACGAUCGCGUAUCCAGAUGGCUUCGCUUUCACUUUGGGUUGUAUGGAAGUGUCCGAGCCAAUGAGUUCUCCAGAGCGAAGCAAGGGAAUAAGAGGGGAGACUGGAGAGACCCAACGCCAAGAUUAAUUCUCCACUUUGACUCUGGCGGAUUUUUGGUGUUUUACAAUUGCCGAAUGGCUUGGUGUUCAUCCCCGUUCUCGGAGCCCUCCUGCGACAUCCUGAACCCGGACUUCGACUGCGAGAAAGCUCUGCGGGCUCUGUCAAUGCCGAGGCCGGUCUGCGUUACCCUGAUGGAUCAGAGGCAUUUCUCUGGAGUGGGGAACAUAAUUAAGAAUGAAAUCCUUUUUUUGGCUCAAAUCCACCCCCUUUCAUUUGGGUCACUCCUGCCACUAGAGAGGCUCCGAUCUCUUUUGGAUCAUGCCAUCAACUUCACCUCUGAUUGGCUGAGAAGCAAGAUGCAGGGAAAGGGACUCCACUACCAUGUCUACCAGAAGGAGCAUUGUGCUAAGGGCCACAAUUUGCUCAAAGAGGCCAUUGGGCCACCAUGUGGGCUGAAACGUCUCACCUGGUACUGUCCAGAAUGCCAGCCACCUCUGAAAAGUGAAGAUGCUGUGUAA